UUUUUCCAUGAUCUAAUAAGUCCUAUUAUCCAGUAUGAUCUAGAAAGAAGGCUAGAAUAUUCAAACAAUCGAGCGAACAUUUUUUGCCAUAGUAGAGGAAAGUGAUGAACAUGAAUUUGUUCAAGAAACUCAAUUUUCUUCAAUCUUUACUCAUAUUCAAUGUCAUAUUAGUCUCUUCUACUCCUCAUCAUAAUCAGACAAACUACUGUGAGAAUAUCAGAACUCAACAAACACCUUUCUUGAAUUCAAAUUCUUCUUCUACACCUUCUCUAUUAGCUAACAUCACCCUGUGCAGAUCUCAGAAUCUGUACUUCAGAACAUCCCUUGGCCUUUUCCAUGUUUCUUCAGUUGAUUAUAAUGUUAGAUUAUUAACAAUCACUCACUCAUCUUGUUCUUCUUCUCUUCAAUAUGCUUCUUCAAUUGCUUAAGAAGAAGAGAACCCAUUUCUCCAUUUAUGCAAGAUCUUUGCAGAGACUUGUAUAAAUGUGGAGAUGCUGUUUCAUCAUCUUCUAAAACUCAAGACCAUGAGAAAGAGAAACAUCCUUAUUCAUGUUUAGUUGUUGAAGAUCUGAGAAAAGUUGAAAAGGAUUUUCAUCCUGAACACUGGAACUGCUCUCACUACAGCUGGGUUCAUAGAAACUCAUCAGAUGGUGGAGAUGAUGAAAGAUAUAAAGUGGGAAUGAGGAUAACUUUCGACAUUCCAGCGCCAGAUAUUUGCAAAGGGUGUGAAAACUCUAAUGGAAGUUGUGGUGCUGGGUUGAAGUGUUUAUGCCAUCCAAAAGAGUGCACAGACAAGGUCAUCUCCAAGACUGGGUCCAUAAAACUCACUGGUGGUGUUUUUUACUCCCUGCUUUUUUCUUUCAUUGGUUCAGCAGCCUUAUUCAUGCAUGUCUAAAGCAAAAAGGACUGAAUUUUUAGGUUAGAGUAAUUUCUACACAUUUUUCUAUAUAUGCAUCUAGUAUCUAAUUAUUUAUAAUAGUUGAAUCUCAUUUGUUCAA